AGCUUCCGCAUGAGGCAUAGUUCCUCCUAUCCUGUCUUUGGGGUCCCUACGUGUUCCGGCCUUCCUUCCAACAUGAACAUCUUCGGGAAAUUUACUCUCUUUUUGCUGGUGGUUUGCAUUGUCACGUCAGAUGAUUCAUAUGAAUCAUCAUCAUCAUCAUCAAAGGAGAAGAUAGUAGCACAGCAGAAGGGAACAGUGCGGGAUGUAACACAGCAAAAGUGCAAGGACCCAUGUGCAAGCAAUCCUUGCAGGCACGAUCAGACGUGCUCUCCUUCAGACCCGGUGCAAUGUUUUGCGCCACCAUGCUGCCCCAUAGCUAAAUGCAAGCCAGCGUCUUGUGGUUAUACGUGA